AUGCGUACGGCACGGAGAGCUAGUGCCGUCGAGGUGCCCUCGUUCUUGCGGCAGCUGGCGCGCGAGACCGAGCGCAUGGUCACCUUCUUCUUCCGCAGCGGCAUCGGGUCGCCGCGCGACAGCAGCGGAGAGGACGACGAGGACGACGACGGGAUGCCCAGCCCGUACCUGGACCGGCCCGUGCUGACCAAGAACACGGCCGAGGGCGGCAACAGGUGGGGCACCAACUACGCCUUGGCCAGCAUGCAGGGCUGGAGGGCGCAGAUGGAGGACGCCCACACCUGCGUGCCCGAGAUGGACGGGCAGCUGGAGGAGUGGGGGUACUACGGCGUGUUCGACGGGCACGCGGGCACCACAGUGGCGCAGUUCUGCGCCCGCAACCUGCUGCAGCACAUCAUGGCCACGGGUGGCAUUAAGGCGGAGGAGGACCCCGUGCAGGUGAAAGAGGGGAUCCACGAGGGCUUCCUGGCCAUCGACCGGAGCAUGCACGAGAUGGCGCGGCGCGAGACCUGGGACCGCAGCGGCUCCACGGCGACGGCCGUCAUGGUCUCUCCGCGCAACAUCUACUUCAUGAACUGCGGCGACUCGCGCGCCCUGCUGUGCCGCUCCGGCCGCGUUCACUUCUACACGGAGGACCACAAGCCGUGCAACCCGCGCGAGCGCGAACGCAUCCAGAACGCCGGCGGCUCGGUGACGCUGCAGCGCGUCAACGGCUCGCUGGCCGUCUCGCGCGCCCUCGGCGACUUCGACUUCAAGGAGGUGGGCUGGCGCCCGCAGACCGAGCAGCUGGUGUCGCCCGAGCCCGAGGUCUACGAGCUGGAGCGCUCCGCCGACGACGAGUUCCUCGUGGUGGCCUGCGACGGCGUCUGGGACGCCCUGAGCAACGAGGACCUGAGUGCCUUCGUCCACUCCCGUCUGGAGGUCUGCGAGGACCUAAGGGAGGUGUGCACGCAGGUGCUGGACCUCUGCCUCUACAAGGGCAGUCUGGAUAACAUGAGCAUCAUUAUCAUCGGCUUCCCUGGCGCCCCCCAUGUGUCACAAGAGGCACUGCAGCGUGAGGCAGAGAUGGAACAAAUAAUUGAUGCAAAAGUGGGAGAGGCUAUCCAGCUCCUUCAGUCCAGAGAUGAGGAGCCUGAUCUGCUCUUUGUCAUGAAGUUCCUGACGGCCGAGUACAUCCCAGGCCUGCCACCAGGGGGAGGCAUCACAAGCAAGAGAGACUGCAUCAUAGCUUCGUAUCAGAAACAUGCGGCCGCAUGCAAGGUUCAAGAGCCCAUGGACACUGGAGGCUCCGAUGAAUCCAACCAGAGCAACUAGAGGCAGUUCCCCUGGAAACAGAAACAGAGGCAUCAUGUCUCCAUGGCAACAUUUUCACACCAGAAAAAAAAGUUAUCUAAAAAAAGAAACGAAAAAAAUAAAAAUAAAGAGCAGCCAACUUGUACCACUUCCUCCUGUACAACAGAGAGCAACAUUGCCAACAAACCACUGAUACCACAGCAUCCACUUCACACAUAACACUGGUCCUCCCAGCAGUCUCACACUCCAAUAGACUACUCUGUCUUAAA